AUGCUCUUCACCAAAUCAUCCAACGUAGCCGCCCUGGUUGGCGCCGCUACACUCUUGACUACUUGCGCUCUGGCUGGCCCUACCAUUCUCCUUCCAUGCGGCAAAGGCAGCGUAAAUCAGCCGCACGCCAUCGUACCUGAUGCCAGCUGCCAGAAGAUCUCAGAUACUGGUGCUUUCAUCAUUUCGCGACUCAGCGAUAUGGAACCCGCGGUUCAAUUGGCUUUCUCUGCUACACCCGACUGUCAAGAAACCUUUGUAUCUCGUUAUGAUGAACUAGUUCAGAAGCAGGAGAGCUUCAGCUGCCAGACUUACGUUGUGGGUAAGGAAGUCACCGAUAAGAACAAUGGCAUAGCUCCAGGUGUUAAGACUAAGGCCGAAGUGGCUAUUGACUACCAGAAGAAGGGUGCUCACGGCCAACAGGAGGAGUAUUUGGACGACAAGAAGAUCAACAAGCGUGAUGGUGCUGCGCGUGAUUGGAAUGGAUUCUGGAUCAAGAGGGACGACGGCAAGGGUGGAAGUACAGAGCAGCAGGAGCAAGAGAAGAAGAAGAAGAAGCAACAGCGAGCUUCGGGCUCUCAGAUUGGAGAAGGUCAGACGGCGCUGACUUAUGUCAUGCUCGUCAAUGCCUAA